AUGGCUUCCACUUCCAAGGAGUCGCGGCGGAAAGUGGUCGAGGGGGUAUUUGCAAUCAACAAACCCCAAUGGGCCUCCUCCGCCGGCAUCCUCCGCGACCUACAAACCGCCUUCCACGCCUCCGCUCUCUUCACCCCCUGGCUCACCUCGACAAAACGCAGCAUGCAGCUCUCGGGAGCGCGCCGCCGCGCCAUCGAGCACCUCAAAGUGAAGCUCGGCCACGGCGGAACUCUCGACCCCAUGGCGACCGGCGUGCUCAUCGUCGGCGUGGGAAAGGGGACAAAGUGUCUGCAGCGAUUCCUCGAGUGCACCAAGAGCUACGAGUGCGUGGUCCUCUUCGGCGCGGCGACGGAUAGCUACGAUGCGGUGGGGAAGGUGGUGGGUCGGGCGGCGUAUGCACAUGUUACGAGGGAGUUGGUCGAGGAGAAGUUGGCGCGGUUUAGGGGGAAGAUUAUGCAGAAGCCGAGUGUGUUUUCGGCGCUCAAGGUCGAUGGGAAGAAGAUGUAUGAGUAUGCGCGCGAGGGGGGUGAGAUUCCGGAAGUGGCGGCGAGGCCGGUCGAGGUGUUGGAGUUGGAGAUGGUAGAGUGGUUGGCGCCGGGGACGCAUGAGUACAAGUGGCCGGAGGAGGAGGUGGGUGGGGAGGAGAGGGUGGGUGCGGAGAAGUUGAUGGGGAUCAGGGAGAAGGAUGCGGCGAAGGGGAGGGGGAGGAAGAGGUCGAGGUCGAGGUCGAAAUCGGCGGAGGUGGAGGUGGAGGUGGAGGAUCAUAUCACGGGCUCCGAGGCACAUCCUAAGCGACCCAGGACAGACACCGAGCCCGCCAUGUCGGGCGCUCUUCCGGUUGAGAAUGCCGCUCCCCGGGAACCCUCAGCUGAAGCUACUCCUGCUGAGCAGAAUGCUGAGCCUGCCAACCCCGAAUCCACGCCCGUAGAAACGGCAGAACAACUACCAGACGAACCCAGCAAAACAGAAGACCAAACCCAGUCGAACACAACAUCCACCACACCCCCUCCCCAGCCUCCUGCCGCCCGCCUCCGCAUGACGGUAACGUCCGGCUUCUACGUCCGCAGCCUCUGCCACGACCUGGGCCUAGCCUGCGACUCCCUCGGCCUCAUGUCCUCGCUCAUCCGCACCCGUCAGGGCGACUACGAGCUCGGCAAGAACGUGCUCGAGUACUCCGACCUAGAAGCCGGGCCCGAAGUCUGGGAACCCCAGGUUGAAGGCUAUCUGAAGGAGUUUAUGGAAAAGGAAGGCUGGGAGUCCGAGGAGGUGGAGGAUGAAGAAUCCUGGCUGGCCAACAGGAAGGAGAGGGAGAACGGGAAGAGGGAGGCCGAUAGGGAUAGGUCGUUUCAAGGGGCCGGCGAGAAGAAGGGGAACGGGAACUGGAAUAAAGGAAAGGGCAACUGGAAGGGGAGGAAGGGGAAGACUUUCUACUCCAAGGAUAUGAAGGGUGGGCGACAGGAUUGA